UCUUGUCGCUGGAGCGCCUGCUGGGCUCCCAUCUUCUCAUUCCGACCAAACCUGACCGUACCCUUCCAUCCUCUCCGGGGAGGCCCGGAAGACUGGGCAGCCGUCCGAAAUUGAGGCGCCGAAGGCCCUCUCAGGAGCUCUUACCCAGACUGAAUUCCCGAGGACUGCGUCUUACACUUCCCUAAUCUCCCAUGUAACCUCCAGCCCAGAGCCCAUGUAGGGCUUAAGGGGAAGGGACGUGACUGAGACAAUGAACGGUUGACUGAGUCUGGCACACUUGGGCGAGCUGAAGGCAUCCAGGGACAGGUGUGAGUGCCGCUUCCAGCCUUGAACCAUGGCCACACUGAGCAAGCCUAGUGAACGCUUCCAAUUGUCUGAUUGGCACAAUUGCAACCACCAGCUUUCCUCUAAUGCUGAACAGCAGAGGGAUCCCUCACACCAGAUGAGACAGGAGUUCCGCAUUCUCCGCAAUGAGACCAACAACCAGACCAUAUGGGAUGAACAUGACAACCAGACCCGCCUGUCAGAGCGAAUAGAUUCUGUUGAGCGAUGGAAGGAGACACUAGAAAGAUGUCUAACUGACCUAGAUGUUGAGAUUGAUGCCUUGACACAGAUGAAGGAGGUAGCAGAGCGGGCCCUGCAGGCCAAGAACCUCCCUCUGGAUGUGGCCAUUGAGUGCCUAACACUGCGGGAGAGCCGGCGGGACAUUGAUUUGGUGAAGGAUUCUGUGGAGGAUGAGCUGCACAAGGAAGUGGAGGUGAUUGAUCGCGCCAAGGAAGCCCUGCAGCAGAAGAUCAGAGAGAUCUUUGAGCAACUUUGCCUUCUUCAAGAGGCAAGGCAGCAACUGAACUUUGACCAGCGAGACAAGAUGGAAGCACUAGAGAUAGAUAGAGUCUGCCUCUCACUCAAUGUUCACUCCCCCAAUCUCUCUCUGAAGGUCAACCCUACUCGCAUUCCCAAUGGCUCCUGCACGAUACAGCAGUGGGAUGACUUUAGUCAAUACAACAAGGAACGAGCAGAGGCUGAGAGGAAGGCUUCUGCAGACCUGCGAGAAGCUACAGCCCUCACCAUUGCUGAGACUAAAAAUGAAUUGGAAGCCCAGCGUGUGGCCACUGAGUUUGCCUUCAGAAAGAGGAUGCGAGAAAUAGAGAAGGCCCUGAAUGGGCUCAAGUGGCAGGAGAAAAGCACCUUGGGAGAAACUGUGGACUUUGAAGAGGAUAUCCGACAGGUGGAGGAAGAUCUAUCCAUAAAGAUGCGGAAUAUGAAGCUAGCACACACCAGGCUGGAUAUCCGAACAUAUAGACCCAAUAUGGAGCUGUCCAGGGACCAGGUGCAAUAUGGGCUCACUAAUGAAGUGCAUCAGCUGGAAGCUAACAUCGCUACCCUGAAGCAGAAACUAACUCAGGCACAGGAUACUCGAGGUGGCUUUUACAAGCAACUGGCCCGGAUCCAGGCUGACAUUGCCUGCAAAACCAACUCCUUGAUGUUGGACUCCAAGUGUUUGGACAUCCGCCGAAAGCUGAUGGUACCAGCUGAGAAAUUCGUGCCAGAAGUAGAUACCUUUAACCGAACCACCAACCGCUAUCUGGCCCCACCCAAGAACCAGCAGCAGGAGCUGGCUCCACAUGAAGAAGCCACAGGAAAUGGAAAUGGGAUUGGGAAUGGGGCCAGGAAUGGGAUCGGGAAUGGGAUCAGAAAUGGGACCAGGAAUGGGACCGGGAAUGGUUCCGGGAAUGGGACCGGGAAUGGGAGAGUCUAAGUCUAAUAAAACAUUAGGUGUAAUAAUA